CGCCUGCGCAGAGUUUGGUGCCGGCGGUGCGGUGCGCGGCGCUGCCCCGUAAUGGCGCACCGCGCGGGCGGGUGCGCGCUUUUCGUGCUGCGGGGCCGCCUCCGCCUCCCCGCCCCGGCGGCCGGCGGCUGUGCGGGCCGCGGGCAGGCCCGCCUGGACUCCUCCAGCGCCGCGCUGCAGAGGGCGCCGCUGGCGGCCGGCGCCGAGGAGGCGGGUGAAGAUGCUGAAGUCAGUAUCAGGAAGAAGACAUUCACUGAGGUUCAAACAGAACGAUUGGAGCAAGCAGAACGGACUGUUUUAAUUAAGUGCCCACCAAAAAUUAACGAAAAAAAAUUAUUACAGUAUUUAUCCAGUCAUGGAAACAUUAACAGUCACUUCUUUUUUGAAAAUCGGGGUAUCCAUGCUUUAAUAGAAUUUUCUGAAAAGGACAGUAUAGCCUCAUUGCAAGAUGCUAUUGGAAUCCCAAGUCCUGCAGAGCAUCAUGUUGUCCCAUUUAAAUCUAGACUUUUUACUUUCACACUGAAAAACCCAGUGAGUCAAGCUGCUGAAGAGACACCAGUUCAACUCUCUCCUCAGUCUCAUAUUCCAGUGAAAGAGCUUAUUCAAAAGCUUUGUCAUGCAGACAGUAUAAGCAGUCAGAUGUACAUUCUACUGAAUGAGUAUCAGCUUACUGAAGAAAAUAUCAAGCUCCGAUUUCUGGCCUGUUCUCUGGUUCAGGAUUUCGCACGUGCAUAUUUUCCAGACAGCACAGUAAAGCCAUUUGGCUCUUCAGUCAAUACCUUUGGCAAACUGGGAUGUGAUGUGGACAUGUUUCUGGACUUCCAUGAUAUACGAAAGCAUGCUACAAAAAUGAAAAAAGGUCCCUUUGAAAUGGAAUAUCAGAUGAAAAGAUUACCAUCUGAAAGAUUAGCAACUCAGAAAAUUCUUUCUGUGAUUGGUGAUUGCCUUGAUAAUUUUGGUCCUGGAUAUGCGAGUGUACAGAAGAUACUCAAUGCUCGCUGCCCGCUGGUGAAAUUUUCCCAUCAACCAACAGGAUUCCAGUGUGAUCUGUCAGUGAGCAACAGCAUUGCUAUAAGAAGUUCAGAACUCCUGUAUAUCUAUGGCUGUCUGGAUUCCCGUGUAAGAGCGCUGGUGUUCAGUGUGCGAUGUUGGGCCCGCGUUCAUGGACUUACAAAUACCGUUCCUGGUACCUGGAUUACAAACUUCUCCCUAACCAUGAUGAUCAUGUUUUUCCUGCAGAAGAGAUCACCACCUAUCAUUCCAACACUAGACCAACUUAAAGAACUGGCAGAUGAAAAAGACAAGCAUGUAAUUGGAGGAUGUGAUUGCUCAUUUGUUAGUGAUUUAAGCAAGAUUAAACCUACAAAAAAUACAGAAACACUUGAUGUAUUGUUGGGUGACUUUUUUGAAUACUUCGGAAACUUUGAUUUCAGAAAGAAUUCCAUAAAUCUUCGAAAGGGAAAGGAAGUAAAUAAACCUGAGUCGUCUCCUCUUUAUAUCUGGAAUCCCUUUGAACAAGACCUUAAUAUCAGCAAGAAUGUUAAUCAGCCACAGCUGGAGAAAUUUGUAGCUAUGGCCAGAGAAAGUGCCUGGAUUUUACAGAAGGAAGGUGAAACUCAGCGACUGAUCAAUAAAGAGCCUUGGGGACUGGCAGCCCUGCUGAUACCAUUUGGAAAAAGUAAUUCCAGCAAGAUGAAGAAUAGGAUGAAAGGAAUAGGAAGUGAAACAAUCAGAAGCCUCUUGGACUCUUUAAAGUUAAAUAAUGCAAACACUACAAAAAGCAGUGGGAAAGUGACUUUCAGCACAGAAACACAGUAGCUGAUAUUCUGUUUUAGGAAUUGAAUGUGACACACAGUCCGAAGAACAUUACUUUUAAUAUUCCUAGUGUGGUGAAAUGGAGAGUCAGAUGACCUCUGUUUUCCAUCGUGAUGCUUUUUGUAUAGGUCUGCUUUCUUUCUGUACGUUUUCUCCUCCUUACUCUUCAGUUUUACAUCUGUUUUAUGAAUGAAGACCAUUCAAAUGCAAGUUUUAGAGAUACAUUUUGGAAGUAGCCUUCAGAUGAGCACUCUAAAAAAAAAAAAAAAAGACUGACAGGAACAGCAUGGGAAAAAGGUUUGGGAAUUCUGUUGACUAACAUACAAAUGAUAGGCUAAGUAAAAGCUCAAGAAACAACCACCUUUCAGUGAAACCACAGUUAAAAAAAGACGAAUGUUAGAACCAUUGCUUCCAUUCCAGUCAUGUUCUGGAAGCCAGUAAAACCGAAGUGCAUGAAUCUAUUUUUGCAAUUGUUUUCCAUUGAUGUAGAUAGUGCCAAGACAAAAUAAAGAGAAUGGAAUUAGAUAGUAGGGUGUGCAGUUUCAUAAAACAUUGCUCUCCAAGGGUAGUGCAAGUGUUUUUCGUUGGGAAGGUGGUCGUGUUUACCGCUUGAUCUCAAAUUUCUUCAGUCAACUCCCUUUUCUUUUCUGUACCCAUAGGACUGGUUCCCACCCACACUUGUGUAUACACUCAUGUUUCUCAUUUUGCCUUCGACUUCACUUUAAACCUGUAUUUCACGUUCAGACAGGGCCUUUUGUAUGCCCUUGUUGCCUCGUCCCUCUCCUCAAAGUCGCUGCUCACUAGGCGAUGCAAAAGCCUUCCUCUCAGUAUCCUUUGCCGAGGGAUCUGUCCCUUGCAGAGGUCCAUAGAGAACGCUAUAUCAUGCUGCAGUCCUGUUCCCAGUCUUGCCUUGUUUUUCAGAUAUUCAGAACGGUGACUGUCACCCUUCCAGAUCAGUUGGGCCAGUGCGAGUCAAUGCUUCUUGCUGACUUAAAGCAUUGAGUUCUCUGUCCAUCUGCCACUAAAGAGAGUGUUGUAAGAGGAAGAGGGGAGGGAAGAAAGGAAGGAGGUCAGAAAGGGAAACGGCAGGCAGGCAGAUGUCAGAUAGAUUUUUCAGGUACAUUUGUGAGCAUUCUGCCUGUCCAGUCUGAGAGCCACACGUGUGUUAAAACUAAAAGGCGGCGGUGAUAAGAACUGUACAGACUGUUGUCUUUAUUAACAGAAGUUCUGUGCAAGAAAUCACUGUAACUCAGAGAUUAUCUCACAGAUGCAACAUCGAUGUUUAUGAUUAUUGUUUCAUUUUCAGUAUUUUUAGAUUCUUUAAUGUUUCAGUAGUAUAUGUUUUUUGUGUAGACUUUCUAAUGGUAUAGCCUGAACAGUUUAAAAGUGGUUUAUCUUUUCCCUGAGGUAUUAUUUGUUGGAAAUACUGUGGUCAAUAAUGCAUACUUCCAAAGUAUUUGUGAAAGCUGGGCAAGGAAAAGCACUUUCCAGCAGUUGGCAGACUAAAGGGUUAGACUUUGAGUGGCAAGAAGACCCUCUUACAGAUCAAUUCCAUAUUUAUUUAGAGUUUAAUAUUCAUAUAUGUCCAUUUCUGAUUCAUGAAUGUUUUCUGAAAUAAUGACUCACAUGGUCAUUAUCAUGGUCACAGAAAUAAAUUCUCAUAUUAACUUCUUCAA